CCCAGAACCAGGGCCAGGGGGUCAGAAAGUCAUCUCUCGCAUUAAUUCUCAAUCUCUUUGUCUCUCUGCCUUUCCAUGUCCACUCUAUCUGUAAUUCAGGGAAUGGAAAACAGUCAUGAAGACCAAGAAGCCUUGAUGUUCCACUCCUACCCAUGUGCUUACUACGUGCAAAGCCCUUCCACCGUCUCCCAUGCAAACAGUGCCGAUAUCCGAAACAACACCAACAUUGAAGAUCAAUCUGCUUUCCACUCCCCCACUCGAUCCGAAACAACCUUCCUCAACAAGAACCCCGACGUCUCCAGAUUCACCCUUUCACGUUACUCAUCCUCCCGCGGAUCAAACAACUCCUUCUUGCAUGAGAAAAAAAUUGUUGGAGCUGACAACGGCGUCAACCGUCUCAUCAUUAUUGACCACGGGGUUGGUAGCGGCGGCGAUGACGAUGAGGAGGAGGAGGAAGAUGAAGAAGAGGGGCACUACGGGAAGAAAAGAGGGUGGUGGUGGAGGUAUUGUUCUUUCAGAAGGUCUAAUUCUUGCGCCUGGAUUUCUAUACAAAUAUGUUGGAGGCUUGUGUUGAGCUUGGCAGUCGCUUUGCUUGUCUUCUACAUUGCUACAAAGCCACCACCUCCUAAGAUUUCUAUUAAGAUAGCAGGAGUUAGUCAAUUCGGACUAGGGGAAGGAGUGGAUGCCUCAGGGGUUACAACCAAGAUUCUGACCUGCAACUGUUCCAUCGAUCUACUCAUAGAAAACAAAUCAAAGCUCUUUGGUCUCUUCAUCCACCCUCCAAUAAUGGAGAUGUUCUUCGGCCGCCUUCCCUUUGCGAUGUCACAAGGACCAAAACUAUAUGCCCAAAGCUCCGGUUCAUCAAUAUUUCAGUUAUAUGUUGGAACAAGGAAUAAACCAAUGUAUGGCGCUGGCAGAAGCAUGCAGGACUUGCUAGAGUCAGGAAUGGGAUUGCCACUAGUGAUUCGCUUGAAGCUGAGCUCCGAUUAUCGAGUCGUUUGGAACCUUGUCAAGCCUAGGUUCCAUCACCAGGCUGAAUGCUUGUUAGUCCUGGAUAGCAAAUAUGAUAAGAAGCAUCGAACCCAGAAAUACAACAGCACCUGCACCAUUACCUUCUGAUGUUGAAGGCUCCUGCGUGAAUGGAAAAAGGAAGAGAUCACGUUUCAGAAAAAACAAUAGAUGCAUAUAAUCCUUUUCAGCGUUUUGAAUCUGGUAACAAUAUUCAUAACGUGAUUGUAAGUAAAAGAUAAUAGUAUCUGCAAAAAAUUUUGAUGAUAAAAUGCAUUGUCCCAUAUGAUGUGAAUAUCAAAGGAUUUGAACACUCUGUUCUUUCUUUUGGAUGGACAGAACACUAUUACUUAUUACAAGACUUGUCGUUUGAGUCCAGGUUGAAUGGGCUUGAACUUGGUUUUUGGAUAUGCAAAUUAAGUCCAAUCCAUGGACAUGUUUGUGUCAUUGGGUUGUAGAACUUUACUAUUUGGGCUGAGAACUUGUCUGGUUUCUAUUUUCAAACUUUAGUCGAAAGGUGAGAAACAAUUUUGUUAAUUUUGUAUAUUUUUAUUAAUCCACAAACCACAAUAAUAUAUCAAAGGGUUAAUUAUGU